CCUCAUUUUCCUUAUUAUUCCUCUUUUUCCUUUUUCCUUCCUGGCCUUUUCGCUCUCUUUCUUCUUCACUUGGGUCUCUCUUUCUUUUCUUCUCUUCUUUUCUUCCUUUUUUCUUCUUCCUUCCCUUUUCCAUCUUUGGUUCUCACGUUUCCACCUAUCAAUUCCUCCAACUGUCUCCCUCUUUUGUUCCAACUGUUGUAACAGUAAUUUUCAGGAACACAUCCUCAUCAUUUCAUUCAUCUGCAUUAUCUCUCCCUCCUCCACAUACACACUUCAUUUUGUGCAUUUGUACCACACUGUCAUUAAAUAAUAAUAAAAAAAAUGGUCAAUACUCGAUCCCCAGCAUCCUGUCGCACACAGCGAGCCUCGAGCGUAGCUGCAGAGACAAGAAGGACAAGAGAUGAGUUCUACAUCUCCUCCGAAUUCUCACAUACAGCAUUCCCACCACCACUUCCCUCACCUUCAAAAAAGUAUGCCUACUCUUCAUUACCUAUCCCUAAUUCAACAACUGCUACCUCACAAACAGCGUCUCCACAAUCUGUUAAAUCUUCUGCCCCUCGAUUCGAUGCCUCUACAAUCUCCUUUUUCGAUCUUCAGCAAUUCCAUCGUUCUUCACUAUCACCAUCUGCGACAGCUGAACAAAAGAAGGAAGCACGGGCUAUUCAGCAGCAAAGACGGGAACAGAUUGUGCAGAAACUUCAGCAACAGCAAAUCGAUGCCAAAGAGAAGGAACGACAAGAAAAACUGGAGAAGCAGCAAGCUAGAAUGGAGCGCAAACAUCAAAGAAAUGAGUAUAAGCAAAUGUAUCAAGAAAUGUACGAUCGCAGUAAUCCCGACCACCACCACAACAAUAAUAAUAGUAAGGACAAGAACAGCAGACGCAAUAGGUCGAGGGACUCCAAAGAUAGACGACAAUUCUCACUGCCAAUUGAAACCUACAACCCUGACGAGCUGCCCAGCAGUUCACACCAUCAUCUGACGGAUGCACAACUCUAUGCCAGUAACCAGACAUUCUCGCAUCAACAUCAAUAUCAACAUGACCAAGACAACCUUUCAUCUUCAUCCUCCUCAACCAAAUCCCGCUCUUCUUCUCAUCAUAAGCAUGGGCACGGGCAUGGGCACGGGCACGCGCCUGACCGCAUGCGGUCUCUGAGUCUCAAAAGCACUACAAAAUCUAUGUAUGAUUUACGGCCAUGGUCUGAAGCUAGUUGUAAUGACCUUGGUAGUGGUAGUGGUGCUAAUCAGCACUCACCCACACACGAUCAGUAUUACUAUACAGGCUAUGAUAGCGAUGAGAACGCGACAAGUGUAAAGUCUCAUGGCUGGGACACAUUGAUGGAUACAUUGUAUUCACCCACACUUUCCUCGCCUUCCGAUACGACGAUCAGUUCAGAUUCAAAAGAGGACCCCGAUCUUGACGUAUUGGACUCAAUGAGCGCGCUCACGUUGUCGCACGAGUACGACAAUGGCAAUGGGA